UAUCUGCGUUUUAUUACACGUCGAGUGAAAUAUAUUUAGGUAACAAUCGUGAUGAAAUCAAUCUCGUAUUUGUACUUGCAAUAUUUUUGCAAAUCUUUCUCGAGGACAGAAAUUUAUUAAAGUGAAAUGUGGGUCGGUUUGUACGUAUAGUCAGAUAGUAAAUUAGAAAAUAGGAAUAGGUAUAGUAAGUAGUUAGACAUACCUAGGUACACCUGUAUCUAAAUUUAGAUAUUUAGAAUUAAUUACAAGUAUACAACCGUUCCACAAUCAAUUUCAAAGGAAAAAAAAUAAUCGGAUCGAUACGAAGUAACGUUGUAAUUACACGUGCAUAUAUUCUAUUUUACUCGAUACUCAUCCGCAAACAAAACAGUCGACCAUUUUUACGGUUUCUUUUGAUAAGUAGGCAGCUACGAGUACAUUACUCGUAUAUGCAGUAAGUACCUACGUGUGUAACAAUACGUUCGUGCAAAUUUGAAAGAAUUUCGUAAACUUGUACGAAAUCGUGGCGACGACAGAGCCAGUAUAGCAAACUUUCGGUUCGUGUAGGACACUGGUACUCGUAUACAUAGAAGUGGUUAUGAAAUGCUCUGUAGAUAGCAAUGCUGAAGCCGGGAAAAAAUUCAUUUUCAAAGUAUAUACCCUUCGAAUUAUUAGAGAAGAAAGACGGAAAGACGACACGAGAUCAUUAUGCUGUUACUAUUGGUGGAGGCGGUCGUCUUAACGGUUGUCGCAUCCAGCAAUGAUGUGGAUGUCGAUCGUCUGAAAUCAUCCAACGACGAUCACAAUCAUCACCACGAAGAAGCUGUGUUCACAUUGGAAGCGUCCGUUCAAGCGACUAUCAUUCUCACUAUCGCUGUUAUCAUUAUAGUUCUCAACACGCUCAUUAUAACUAGCUUUUCAAAUUUUCGAGGAACGGGGAACGUAUUGAACAUUUACAUACUAUCUUUAUCGAUAGCUGACUUGGUGUGCGGUCUGCUGGUGGUACCUCUGUCGGUGUAUCCAGCUUUGGUGCGCCAAUGGGUGUACGGAGACUUGAUGUGUCGAGUGGUCGGAUACACCGAAUCCAUCGUAUGGAUCGUGUCCGCGUACACGUUGAUGUGGAUCAGCGUUGAUCGAUACAUAGCGAUACGCAAGCCUCUGCGAUACGACACGGUGCAGACCAAGACACGCUGCCAAUGUUGGAUGGCUUUCACGUGGAUUUCUUCGGCGAUGAUGUGCAGUCCGCCGCUGCUCGAGUACAGUCCGGCGUUGUUCGACAAAGAUUCGUAUAUCUGCGUGCUCAACUGGGAACGUAUGAUAGCUUACUCCGCCACCUUAAUCAUACUAGUCUUAGGUCCGAGUUUAAUUACCAUCGUUUAUACGUACACUUACGUUUUCGUGAUCGUACGACGACUCAAGCAAGGCGACUUAUCGCACGAUAAAGAAUACGUGACCGCGUUAACGGAAGCCUUGGCCAACCCUAAUCACACCUUGUCCAUAAUACUGAUCGUUACGUUUUGGAUAUUGUGGAUUCCGUUUUUGGCGAUUAAAACCUACGAGCAAUUAUCCGGCCAUAAAAUAACCAUACCGCAUCUGCAUUUCGUCAUCGUUUGGUUAGGGUUCUCGCAUUCCGCUUGGAAAGCUUUCAUACUAGUCACGUACAGUCCGCAAUUCAGAGUUAUGUUACGUUUGUUGUGUAUAACGUUAUGCUGUCGUCAAAGAACCGCGCACGAUAUCGAAUUAAUGAAUAUGGAAAUAGAAGACUGAUUUUUUUUCUUCUCUUCUCUUUCUUCGACCUCUUCGCUCCUUCUCCUAUACUCUAAUUUUAAUCCUUCGAUUCAUCGAGUCUACACUAUACCUAUACCUACAUUUAUAGGCUAUACCCGAUACCAUGCCAUACCGUACCGUACGUAAAAAUAUAAUGUCUUCAUUGUACUUGUACAUUACCCCGCCCUGCCGCGCCGCUUCUAUGCCUUUGCCCACGUUUUGGAAAGGUAUAUUAUAUUAUGUACCUAUCUAUAAUUCUUCGUUGAUCCAAUCGCAAUACGUACCUAUAUAUAACUAAUACUUAAGAAAUUUACGCACUCGGGUCGUGUGGAAGUCAGAAGUGCUUGCAAUGUACUUAUAGCCCUCUAUCGCCCUCUUGUACGUCGUCGAGUAAUGAGUAUUACGCCGAAUACGAGUAACUUGGGGGGAAAAGUCUGUAACGUCGAACAGAGCGAAGAAAUCGUCCCUUGGGAGUCUAUUCGUCGGUCAUCUAUGCUUCGUAUUUUAUGCAAAUGAUCAGAAUGCGAAUCAUCGCUUUUCCAAAGUGUUCAAAAGUCAAAAUGAAUGCUCUACACGCGUGUCUGGGAGUAUAGGAAUGGAGGUGAACAUUGUGCAAUGCCGACUGCUUCAAUGCAAUAGGUUUAGGAGUAGAUUUACAUUAAGUUGGUGGGUAAGGUGCUAGGUAGGUAAGUUAGAGAUACCAGUUCAUUUAACUACUGUAAAGUGAGAUUAUUUUAGACGAAUCGGCGUGUUUUUCAUAUAGGUACUGAUUUUUAUCGAAAUUCAAAAAUUCCAGUAAAAUUGAGUGUCUCGAGAAACACCUACUAAAAUUUGAUUUACGUUCUGUUUAUAUUUUUAAAUAAAAUUGACAGUGUAUUUUUCACGUUUUUCAGGAGUCUGCGACGACGUAGUUUUUAUGAUUUUAUGUCGAUGAAUACGAGAUUUAGUAGGUACCUGCGAACUUAGAUCAACGAUAUCGAUCAUUUUUGGCACAACUCUCGAUAAUCGCGUGGUUCAAUUUCGUUUUUUUUUUUUUCAUUUCAAAAAUAAUUAUCGUACUUUUAACUCACUUUACGGUGGUUAGUGGUAUCUACAAAAAUGGCGUUAAUACAAAUAAAAAAUGAAAGACUGUCCGUUACCUUAAGUAUUUCUAUUUGAAAAUGCAAUAUCGUACGACUCGAAAUAUAACAAAUUGAUAAAAUUUAAUAAAUUCGGAUCACUACGAUUCAUUAUUGUAUGAUAGACUUUCCUUUUAUAGAUUUAGGUAUGUAUCUGUUUAUAUAGAUACAACAUUUGUUUGUUUGUUUUUUAUCGUUUUGUUUUUUCAAUUAUAUAUAUAUAGAUGGUUACCUGAUUAUAUAGGUAAGCUUUUAUUUAAAUUAAGAGUAGGCCUAAAGAUCUCACACACGUACAACUACUCUCCUCGCGAUUAAUUUUUCGGCGAGUAACUUUUGAAACACACGCUUAAUACAUACAUACGAGAUACUCGCUAAAAAAUACCCAAACUAGGUACAUCUACAUAUUAACGCUCGAUGAUUCUACGACAAAAAUUUCAGUCGAAAUGUCAUCGUACACGAAGUGAUUACCUACGAAGCUGAAAAAGGUUCCUCUAACGUAGCAAUCAACCCAUAUAGAUAGAAAAUUUACAUAUUUGGCUUGCUUUCACGCACUUAAUUGGCACUUGCGACUUGCAUUCACUCGAGAAAUGAGGAGCAGAUUUCGAACGAGUUACAAAUAUGACCUAAAAAAACAAAAACGCGACUCAAUUUUUCUAAUUCAUCUUUUUCUUUCAACGUUCAGCGUUGAAUUAAUGAUCCUUCGGUUUCACCGCUAGGCAAAUAAUUGUGCAACGAUGAGAAACAAGUCACUAUACGCUUUGUAUUGAAGGUACAUGUAGUAGUACACUUGAACAUUAAUUUAAUUAUUUCUUCCUCUUUUUUUUUUUUUUUUUUUUUUUUUUCAAUAUUCGAAUAAAUAGAAUUAAUAUUGACGAGAUCAUUUCGUUCCCUUUUGAGUCUACCUGAUAAAAAAAAAACACGUUGCCUGAAUAAUACUUACUAUUUUUUUUUUUUUUUUUUGAUUCAUUAACAAGUUUUUGAGCAUUGGAGUAAAAAAAGUAAAGAUAUUCAAAACCGAAAAAGAAAUAUAAAAACUUGGAAGAUGAUAUGUAAUUUAGGUAACGAAACUUAUAAACAUGGAUAUUGGAUACUGUUAACCUUGUUGCGAUUUUGGAAAACGUUGACUUACUGAAAACUACUUCGACUUCUGAAUUUAGUACCAACAUAUUAGGUUUAUUUCAACGAAACAGAUAAGUUCUUCGAUAGGUAAUUUGAAAUGACUUCCAUCACAAGGAGUAAAUAUCAACAGUCUUUCAAAAAAAAAAAAAAAAAAAAAAAAAAAAAAAGUCUUAAAUCGAUCGCAUUAGAUAUUUUUACACGCUGUCAAAUUAUAAAGACGAAUUUUGAAAUCUUGUAUGUACUUUUUUGAGCAGCGAUAUUACGUUAAAUAUUUGCUUACACAGUUACACGUUAAUUUUUUUCCCGUUUAUAACGAAGCAACAUCUGUAGUACGUAUGUAGACCUAUUAUUCAUUGUAUUUUCUUUAACGUUGUCGUUGUUAUUGUUGUUGUCGUUAUUCAUGCUGUUGCUGUUGUUUUUAUUGUUAUAAUUUAUAAGAUCUUUUAUUGUAAUUGCAAUAUUGUUUCAAUCGUUCAUCAUUACUUUAUGAUAUCCGCGUAUAUGUUGUGUAGGUAGGUACAUGUUUAAUUCGGAUUCGAGGAAAAUAUUCGUAAUUACGGGUUGUUGAACGAAUUAAAAAGCAUUAUUUUUCAGACUUGACUGAGAAUUUAAUAUUUGGAAUGUGCAUUCUUCGAUUACAUUCGACAAUUUUUCCAAUAGGGUAGAUAUACCACAGCGUUCGAGACAAAUAAUCCGAAAAUUCUGUAUUUUUCAGUCGAUUCCAAGUCAACUUCCCUUUAUUACACAGGUAUCGAGUGUGAUUUUAAAUUUGAUUUAGUGACCUUAAAAAAUGCAACAUCUGUAAAUCAAAAAAAAAAAAAAAAAAAAAAAAAAAAAAAGGAAAAGAUUUCAAUACUUACAAUAAAUUUUAAUCACGUUUUGACUUCAUUUUUGAAUUUCGAAAAAAAUUCAAGUACGGAAAUGCGUACUUAAUUUAAAAUAACGUUCACUUUUCAAAAAACUUGUCAAAAAUUAAAAACUGAAGUUUCAGUUAGGAAAGCUGUAAGUACGUUUAAUUUCUUUUGUAAAAUAUCUCGACCUGUUUACGCGAGUAUAAUACCUAUUAAAUGAUUCCGACACAGCGCGAACUUUCUACAAAUAGUUUCAUAACCACAUAAAUCUACUAGAUCUGUUCCAAAAUUCGAUGAAAUGUAUGAUUAUUAGGCGCGACAGAUGAUUCAAGCAAAGCCCAAAGCGCACAAAUUCCCAUCUUUUACCUAAAAUCUGUAUCACCACUACUAUCACUGCUGCUAUACCAUACCUAACAUUGUUGAUGUUAUUAUUAUUAUUAACUAUUAUUGUUGUUGUUGUUCUUGUUGUUGUCGUUUGUUAUUAGCUAAAUUCGCUUUGUCUGAAAAAUGUUUCUGAUUCAUCUACAUAUGUAUUCGAGUAAUACGAUAAUUGAAAUCGUCGCGUAUUGGUAUUUGAAAAAAACAACAAUUCGAGUUCGAUUUAUAAUUUUUUAGGCAAAACGAACAUAGUAGAUAAGUCACUAGGUACCUACCUACUUAUAUUGUUGAUAUUUUUGUUGGAAAUAUUGUUGUCGAUGAUUAUUCUUAUCGCAGCAAUAUAAUUUCUGGCUAUUAAUCUAACUGUUACCAGCUUAUAAUUGCCUAUACUAUGCGCAUUGUGCAUUGUAAAUUACCUACCUACGUAUAAUGUCUGCAACAGUAACGUAGGUAGCCAGUACGUACGUACCACGGUUUUGCAAUCUUUUUUUCUGUAUCAUUUUCAAUUAAAUUCCGAUAUCUAUAAAGUAUAAACAUUUAUUUUCAAUUAUUUUACACGCCUUUUAGAAACAUGUUUUUUAAAAAGUUAUUUCGUUGUUAUUUUCUUCGGUAAAAAUCUGUUCUCUUAAAAUUACGAGUAAUUUUGCGAGGACUUUAGAAAAUGAUUUCUCAACAUGUUUUCGCCAACGUACGUACCCUACUCUGUUUCAGUAUUUUUGACUUUUUUUUCCUUCUUGUUCUUUUUCUAGACAGAAUUAUACUAUACCUAGUAUUAUGUAAAAUUAUAAUCUUUGAAUUCCUACAUUUGUUUUUACUUAUUACUUACCUAUUUUUAUUUCUUAAUACUCGACGCGAUUUAAAUUAUUUACUCAUUUUUUUUUUUUUUUUUUUUUAAAUUAAACAUAAAUUUUUUCAAACGGUUUACUCUUUUCCGUCCAAAGGUACCCCUAACGUUGUAUAAAUUUUGUAAUAGGUAAAAGAAAAAAAAAUUAAAGCUCCGUACCUGUAGCCGUUCGAUGAUAUACCUAUAGGUAAUACCUAUUUAUAUAUUUACGAUUAAUUUUCAAUAAAUCUACGUACAUAAAAAUACCUAAUUAUCUAAUAAUAAUAAUAAUACUCGACUAUAUAGAAUUUUGUUUUUAAUAAAUGUUUUCGUUUCUGUGUUUUCAACUGACGCAACGUGGCAAUCACAAUGUAUGCGAAUGAAUUUUUCUAUUCUUCGCGUAUCGGGUGAUAUUUAAGCUUAGCUAUUGUAUAUUUUAAGUAAAUUUUUUUUACUCAUAAAUAAGCGCGUAGAUAGCGAUAACGUUCAUGGGGGUGUCGAUGUCGUGUCGUGUCAUGUAUACUUACUCGUUCAGAUCCAACAUUCGUAGAGAUGUAGGUAUACGAGUGAUUCUUUUUUCAAUUAAGAAAAAUACAUAAUUAUACAGCGACGUUAUUUCAAAGGAUUUUUCUAUUUUUUAAUUAUUAACUCUUUAAAAUUUUUAAAUUUUACCUUUACUUUUACAAUACUUAAGACUAUUUAGUGAAUAAUGAAGCGGAAAAAUAAAAAUAUUUACAAUUAACGAUACCGUACUAAAGUCUUGUAUUAAUUAAGUAAAAAUACCUACGCAACUUAUGUACUUAAUUUAUGUCGGUACCUACCUAAUAGGUAUAUUAAUGUAUGUAGAUAAGGUAUGAUUUUUUUUUUGUCAACGUGUGUUUUGCACUGUGCAAUAAUUUUGUGUUCGUAAUAAUUGAAAUGAUUAAAUGGAAAAAGAUAAGUAGGCAACGCAUGCAUCGCAUAUGCAGGUAUAUGAAUUCAAAUUAGCAGACUAUGUUCCUAAAUUCAAUUCAAACUAGGGCAGAUCUGAACAGUUUUUUUUUUUUUUUUUUUAUUGUCCUCAUUCCUCACAAGGGGGAUCUGAUCAUACUUGAUUGAUCAAACCAGAUCAGAUCCGGAAAUAUUUUUGUUCCAAUUAUUUUCAUUUUGCUCACAAAUUAGCAACUUUGGUUAAACAACCCGAAGCUCAGUUUGAUAGACUAGUACAAUUUUACCCAUUCAAAAUAUAUGUAUUAAACAUAUUAUUAUUUCAUUUUAUUGAACCGAAUACAGACUUUUCAUUAGUGAUUGAAAAUCUACAUUUGAGAUAGAAACGAAUAAUUUAUUAACUCCUACCUACUAAAAAUCUUUUUUUUUUUUUUUUUUUUUUUUUUUAAUGAAAUUCCCAUACCUAAAAAUGAUUAAAUUACUAAAAAUAAAAUCGUAUACCUACCUAUGAAGAUGUAUGUGGUAUGCAUACGAAUCAUUACGAUACCUAUAAAUAAUAAUUUAGUUGGGUAUUAUUCACACUUGAUACCUUUUCCCUCUUUCUAAAUUGUACAUAAAUAAUAACGUUGUAAAAUUACCUUACUACCUACGAAAGAUACCUACUUAUUGUUGGUAUGGUAUAUUUGUUGAAGCGCAAUAAAAGUGUAAUAAAAUAAAAGAUUGAUUUUGCGGACACAUUUUAAUAUGAUAUACCAUAGGUAAUUUUUUGUUCGUAGAAAAACGAUAAUUAUAGCAUCUACGAUGUUUCCUUUUUAAUUUGUGUGAAGAUAUAUACUAUUGUUUUUAAAUCGAUUCAAUUUUGUUGUUUCCUUUUGUUUUGUUUUUUUAAAAUUGUUUUCAUAUGUAUUUAGGCAUGCUCAAGCAUAUAAUAAUAAUUAAUCUCAAAGUGAAAAAAGGUAGAUAUGUGAGCGUGAAAGUUUCAAGUUUUCACGUCUCGCCGUAGUCCUACCAACGUAUAAUAUAAAUGUUAUUACGUUUUUACAGUCUCGUUAUGUAUUUAUGUAAUAAAUUUGUUUUAUUUUGUGGUUUUUA